AUGACACCAUCGGAACCAUUCACAAUCAUGGAUUCUGAAAUACCGGAUGGAUAUAGUAUGGUGAGCAAUCGUUCGGGAACACAGAAGUCAUUGUCAUAUUUGGAUAGAUUUGAAGCAAGGAGUGCACGGAGGGAUUUUACUAACAUUGGAAAUGUUCGGGACGAAACCGCAGCCUGUGAUGAUGACAAAUACUUGGUUGGUAUAGAAUCACAAGAUGAAAUGAGGUUGUGUUUCACAGGAUUUAUUGUUAAAUGCAGCGAUGCAAAACAGUAUUCACAAACAAAGGAUGAAUCCCUUUUAGAAAAGCCUGAAAAUAGAAUGUAUUACACAUUUUGUGAAGAUAGCACUCGGUGGGCUUUUGACUAUUCACAGGAAGAAAGAGGAAUAUGGUUUGAAAACGAGAAUGGUUGGUUCAAAAUAAUGAACCCAAGUAAGAAAUAUAAGCCAAUUUAUGAUCCGUUUUAUAAGAAAUGUGAACUUUGGUUAAACUUGCAUGACAUUCUUGUGCAGAACAUUGACCAAGGAUAUUCUACAAUUAUUUCUCUGUUGAAAGAACGGCAUAGUGUUGAAGAAUCGUACGUGAUGGAACAAGCAACUUUUAUUUUAAAUAAUUGCCAGCAUGUAGAAUUCGCGCACAUUCGUUUAUCAAGCACAAAAUUUGCAAAAGAAUUCAGAGAAAAGAUAAUAGCUGAAAAAGAAAGAGCAGUUCAAGAAGAAAAAGAACGUAUUGAACGAGAAAAAAAAGAAGAAUUAGAAAAAAUUGAGAGAGAAAGAAGAGAAACUGAACAAAGAGAACAAUUAGAAAGGCAGAAUCAACUCACAACACAGCAAAAUCAACAAAUACUGCCUCAAUCUAUCAAAGUGAAAAAAGAGCUUCCAAAAAUCAAACCGCUGAGUGCAAAUCUCGCAAAACCCAAGCCCCAAAUCAAUCCCUUAGUCGUUCCCUAUAUUGAGCGAUUAUGUAUGGCAGCCCAAGAGGAAGCCGACCAAGGAGAAUUAUCAGACAGUGGUGACAGAGAUCCUUUUUUUUCUUCUUAUACCGUUUGUAAUUUUUGCAACAUCCACAGACCUGAGCUCAUGGCUUGCAAGGAAUGCGGGGAAUAUCUAUUAUGUUCCGUAUGCUUUUAUAGACUAGAAUUAGACAAGAAUAUUCCAACAAAAUUUCUUGAGGAAAAUAUUUCUCCAUUUGAAGUGUGUGGAAAACGAGAAAUGUUUGUAUGCAGAGAAUGUCAUUCUAAAUUGAAUGGCUCGGAAGAAAGUGAACAUGAUUCGCAAGAAAGCGUAGAGCUCGAUAGAGUACAAAUCACUGAUGAAGAGCAAGAGGAGAAUGAUUCACCACAAGCAAAGAAAUCUAAGAAAUCGACUAGUACUGUAGGUGAUGAAUGUCACAGCAAACCAAAAAAAAGAGGCCGACGAAGAAAAGAACCAGAAAAAAACAAAGAACCACAAAAUAGCAUUCCCAGUGAAAAAGUUAGAGCCACAAGGAGGAAAAAACUUUCAGACGCAUUGGCUGUUCAUGAUAUAGACCACAAACAAAACAAAAAAUUAGCCAUUGAAAUAGAAAAAGCCAUUCUAAAGAAACCAAAUCCAGAAUUUUCGAAUGGAGAUCAUGCUGCUGCUAUUGUGAAGUUGCUUAAAAACAAGAAUAUUGUGUCACAAUUGCUUGAUGGGUCGCUUUCUGUGUCGAAGCUUGUUUCCUUCAGUUCCUCAGAACUAAAAGAAUUGUCCAAGAAAAGGAUCAAGAAAUAA